GAUCGAAAUCAUGGGAAAUAUCUUCUGUUGCUGUCUCUGAGCUGAUGGAAGAAGACGGAGGAGCAAUGUUCCUCCUCCUCCGACGACCGAAACAACUCCUCAUCAACCACAUCCACUCAAGAUUCCAGUUAACCGAUCUGUAUCCCCAGCAGAGACGUCAAGUCCAGACCCUUACCCGUAUCAGUAUCAUUCUCCGCCGGGAACUAUGCCGCCGCCGUCUCCUUAUAUCGUGUAUCAGAAAGCUGUCACGAUUCGCAACGACACUAAUCUGAAGAAGGAGACUCUGACACUUGAACCCGACCCGGUUAACCCGGGUCGGUUUCUCGUGGCAUUCACGUUUGAUACACUCGUCUCCGGAAGGAUCACACUUGUUUUCUUUGCGAAAGAAGUCGGAGAGUUCCAACUCACAGCAACAAAGGCAGACACUUUGCAGCCGAUCACAUUUGGUUUUGAGAAAGGACUUGGUCGGAAGUUCAUACAACCAUCUGGAACCGGUGUGGACUUAUCGGUGUUUGAAGAUUCAGAGCUGUUCAAGGAGGCGAAUACGGAUGUUUUCCCGCUGGCAAUUAAGAUGGAGACAGCUCCAGAAGAAGGAUCCAUGCAGAUUACUCUAGUGACUUAUGUGAAGGAGGAAGGUGAGAUUAAGCCAAGUGUGAUCAAGCAGUUGCUAUCGGUGAAUGGGAACAGGUAUGAGUUGUUUGACAUAUAUGGGAUUGGGGACACUCUUGAUGAGGAUGCAAGAAAGGAAUGCGUUAUAUGCUUGUCAGAACCACGCGAUAUGACUGUUCUCCCUUGCAGACACAUGUGUAUGUGUGGCGGAUGCGCUAAGGAGCUAAGGUCUCAGACAAACUUGUGUCCAGUUUGCAGACAACCUGUAGAGAGGCUUUUGAAGAUUCCUAAAAGGGUAAAAGCAAUGGAAGAUGGAAAUGGAUAUGGAGAUGAACAAAAUUAAUUAAGCAAUCAACUUGUGUGUUUGUAAUAAUUAUGCAACAUUAUGAUCUUAUAUAUAUAUAUU